GCGAUAUUUGCUGCAGCCGAGAGUCGCGCAGCAGAGCAGGAAAAGACAUGUCAACAAAACAGCUAAACUAUCAACACUCAGGCAUGUAAGGGUGUGCUGCCAUAGGUGUAGCCUCACAGGUAACUUUACCUGGACCUGGACCUAUCCUUCUAUCACCCACUGGCAUCUUCACCUUCUGUCUCCAUGACAACCCCUCCUCUUGUGUCACCUUUUGGGGGGCAGCCUCCACCACCGCAGCAACAGCAGCAAGCACAGGCAGCGCGUGAUGUCAACACAGCCUCUCUGUGCCGCAUCGGCCAGGAGACGGUCCAGGACAUUGUUCUCAGGACAAUGGAGAUCUUCCAGCUCCUCAGGAACAUGCAGCUGCCUAAUGGAGUCACCUACCACCCAAACACCCACCAGGACAGGCUGGGAAAGCUCCAGGAACACCUACGCAUGCUCUCUGUGCUGUUCCGAAAGUUGCGACUUGUCUACGACAAAUGUAAUGAAAACUGUGCCGGGCUUGACUCCAUACCUCCAGAGCAACUGAUACCCUUCGUGGAGGACGACAGCUCCAAACACGAGGACCGCUCAGCCGGCCAGAGCCGCCCCGCCACAGAGGAGAGAAGAGAAAUCCUGGAGGUCAAUAAGAAACUCAAACAGAAGAACCAACAGCUAAAGCAGAUCAUGGACCAACUCCGCAACCUCAUCUGGGAGAUCAACUCCAUGCUAGCUGUCAGGAGCUGAGCCUCACACAAACAGGCGCACGCACAUUCAAGCGCUGCGUUUGAUGGAGAAAUGAAAUGGUCUUAAACUGGACAUGUGACAGGGUAACAGACUGGCUGAGGCUGCACUUUACACAAGAAAUUGGGACUUUGGCAAUAGCAACCGGUUUUCUGAAAAGGACUUUUAAUAAUAGAAAACACAAGGACUGGAGACAAAUGAAGACAAAAGGGCUUGACACCUGAAGAAGGUGAGUAGACACCCUAUAAAGCACUGGGAAGGUGUUGGGGACAUCACUGUUGGCGAUGUUUACCUCCAUGUUCACCAUUUCAAUCAUUCUGACUGAAAUAAUCCUCAGAGUUGAGAUCUACAUUAUGUUUGAUCUAUUUGUAGGUACUAGCUCAGUAGAGAUGCACCAUUAUAAUCUAUUUAAUCCUCAGUUUAUGAAAAUCUGUUACUUAUUUCAUAGUGUUGGAAGCGUAUGAAGUCAUUGAUAAAGACGGUUUUAUAAAACAAAGACACUGUGGCAAAAAGUCUUAUUCUUCCUUCAAUGAUCAGCUGUUUUAAUUGAUAUAAGCUUGUCUCUGAUUGGAUGUGUCAUUACAAUCAUGAUUUGUUCAGAUGUCUGCUGAAUUAUAAAUCUUGCU